AUGGGGAGCGAGGAGGAGGAGGAACCCCUCCUACUCCGAGAACCGGAGCCGGGACCCACGGAGCUACAGCCACCCCUUGAACGGGACCAAGCCAGUCUCGCCUGCUCCGGACCUGCCAGUCCCGCCGCCUGCAGCAGCAACGCCCGAGGCGUUCCCUUCGCCUCUGCCUGCUGCAGCUGCCCGUUCAGAGGCGCUCCCUUCACCUCUCCCUUCCACAAGCGCUGUGCCCUAGCCGGAGGUCCCGGUAAAACCCACACUACUGCUAGUGAACAAAAGAAAAGGAGUGCUUGGAAUGCAAUUUGCAAUGAAUUCAAUGCAAAUGAAAAUGCAACCACAAGAACAAUACAACAACUUCAGACUCUGUGGAAGAACGUAAAACUGGCUUUAAAAAGACAGAAUGCAGAGAUAAGAAGACAGCGAUUUAUUACUGGUGGUGGAGCACCAAAUAAAGACAAAACUGAUGAAGUGAGCGACUUGUUGUCUGGAAUAAUACAGAACCAGCAACCUCUGGAAGGUAUACCAGAUGAUGAUCACUUCAACAGUUCAGAUGAAGAACUGAGAACAAAUGAACAGAGGGAUCUGAACAGGCUGGCAGAGCCAGAGCACAGUGAGUGUGUGCCCUCCACAUCUGCUCCAGCAUCCCUGAGAAAAGAUGCUGCCACCACCUGUCAGAAUAGAGCAAGCAGAAUGACCAUCCAUGAAAAGUUAGCCAGAGAAUUCCAUGAGCAAAAAAUAAAAUUUAUGAAGGAAGAGCAUGACAUGAAAAUGAGAAUUCUACAGGCUGAAUUGGAUAUGAAGUUGGCAGAAAGAGGUAUGAUACAAAAAAGAUACAGUAAGGAGACAGCUGUGAUUACAAGCCAUGGUGUGUAAAAGAUGUGUUUAAAAAAAAAAAAAGAAUAAUAACCAAUUUGUCAUUUACAUAUUCAUGAGUGAAA